AUGUACAUGCUUUAUUCUCACAACCUUGUCUCGGGCCACUUCCACGAGUCGAUCGAGAAGUACUCUGCAGCCAUUGACCUCAACCCCACUGUAGCCUCGUAUUGGUCUAACCGCUCAUUCGCAUAUAUCAAAACGGAAGCAUUCGGAUAUGCCCUCGUAGAUGCUGAUAAAUGUAUCGAGAUCGACCCCAAGUUUGUCAAAGCUUACUACCGACGAGCCUCGGCUAACUUUGCGCUGGGCCACUACAAGGAGUCUCUGAGAGACUUCCAUCGCGUGGCAAAGGCCAAGCCACGCGACAAAGACGCACAGAAGAAGUUCAAACAGUGUCAAACGCUGGUCAAUAAGAUGCUCUUCGAGGAGGCGAUCUCAUCGGAUCGGGAGGGAGCCAAGAGUGUGGCGGAGGGGUUGGAUGUGGAUAGCAUGCACGUAGAAGACUCGUACGAAGGGCCUCGCCUGGUCGAUGGCAAAAUCACAAAGGAGUUUGUAGAGGAGCUCAAGACGCACUUUAAGUCCGAGAGGCGACUGCACCGCAAGUUUGUGUAUCAGAUCCUUCUGCAGGUCAUGACCUAUUUCAAGGCGCAAAGUACACUCGUGGACGUCAAGGUGCCCAAAGACGGCAAGUUCACCAUCUGCGGAGAUAUACACGGACAGUACUACGAUUUAUUAAAUAUCUUUGAGCUCAAUGGCACCCCAUCCGAGACCAAUCCCUACCUGUUUAACGGCGACUUUGUAGACAGAGGCUCGUUCUCGCUGGAAGUGAUCCUGGUGCUGUUCAGUUACAAGCUGCUAUACCCCGAGCACUUCUACAUGGCCCGAGGCAACCACGAGAGCACCAACAUGAACAAGAUGUACGGAUUCGAUGGCGAGGUCAAGGCCAAGGGAUCGGAUAUCAUGGUAGAGCUGUUCCACGAAGUGUUCAGGACGGUGCCUCUGGCCCAUUGCAUCGCCGGCAAGGUGCUGUGCGUGCACGGAGGCCUGUUCAGUGAGGACGGGGUCACCUUGAAUGAUUUGAGGAAGGUUGAUCGCUUCCGCGAGCCCCCAGAUUCAGGACUCAUGUGUGAGAUGCUGUGGGCUGACCCUCAGAUCUUGCCUGGUCGUGCGCCGUCCAAGCGUGGUGUGGGUCUGCACUUCGGACCUGAUGUCACAGAUGCAUUCUGCAAACUAAACGGUCUAGAUUAUGUGGUACGUAGUCACGAGGUGAAGGACAACGGAUAUGAAAUCCACCAUGACGGCAAGUGCAUCACCGUCUUCUCAGCACCCAACUACUGUGAUCAGAUGGGCAACAAAGGAGCUUUCAUCACGGUCAGGGGCGAUGACUUCACGCCCAAGUUCACAACGUUCGGGUCUGUGCCGCACCCCAAUGUCAAGCCCAUGGCGUACGCUUCACCCUUUAGCAUGUUCGGAUUAUAGUGCGCAAAAUCGUUUGGUGUCAACGCAAAAUAAAUGGAUGUCACAUGUCAGCUCAUAGCCUAAAGACGUCAACCUGUCAACGAGACCUGUUGACGGGCAAAAUGUGAUAUUACACAGCGCGAACAGACGAUCCGAAUCAAGUAAAGCAUUAUGUAUUCAAAGUGU